GCCCUUUCUCUCCCCGACGAAGACACAAGCACACAAAAGAAAAAAUCAAAUGCUAGCUUAGCACCGUCGCCACCGAAUUCGAAAUUCCGGUAACCCAAUCGCCGGAAAAAUCCACCGCACCUGGCUACCGAUAUUGGUUCUCGUCGGAUCUAGCUGCUUCCUUUCUUCGUCCAGAUCUCGUACUCUAUUCUACCUCUCGAUUCGCUGUGGAAGUUACGAUGGAGGCGAUCGAUGAGUUGUCUCAGCUUUCGGAUUCGAUGAGACAAGCGGCGUCGCUGCUCGCUGACGAAGAUCCCGAUGAGACCUCUUCUUCUAGACGGCCGGCUACUAAUCUCAACGUCGUUGCCCUAGGGAAUGUGGGAGCUGGAAAGUCUGCAGUUCUGAAUAGCUUAAUUGGACAUCCAGUUCUGCCGACGGGUGAGAAUGGUGCUACACGGGCUCCUAUAAUCAUUGACUUGAGUAGGGAAGAAUCACUGAGCAGCAAGGCAAUAAUUUUACAAAUUGACAAUAAAAAUCAACAAGUUUCUGCAAGUGCCCUAAGACAUUCUCUACAAGAUAGGCUUAGCAAAGGCGCCUCAGGAAGGGGUCGUGAUGAAAUAUACCUAAAACUUCGUACCAGCACAGCUCCACCCCUGAAAUUGAUUGAUUUGCCUGGACUGGACCAGCGAAUUGUAGACGAUUCUAUGAUUGGUGAACAUGCGCAGCACAACGAUGCCGUAUUACUGGUUGUUGUGCCUGCUAGCCAGGCAUCCGAAAUUUCGUCAUCUCGAGCCCUGAAGACCGCAAAGGAGUAUGAUCCAGAGAGUACUAGGACAGUAGGAAUUAUCAGCAAAAUUGAUCAGGCAGCAGAGAACCCAAAAUCCCUUGCAGCAGUUCAGGCUCUUCUUUCAAAUCAAGGACCUCCUAAAACAACUGAUAUUCCAUGGGUUGCACUUAUUGGCCAAUCUGUCUCAAUUGCAUCAGCACAGUCUGGAGGCAGUGAGAACUCUUUGGAAACUGCUUGGCGUGCUGAGAGUGAAAGUCUUAAAUCUAUUUUGACUGGUGCUCCACAAAGCAAACUUGGCAGAAUUGCCCUGGUGGAUACCCUUGCUAGCCAGAUUCGUAGCAGAAUGAAGCUAAGGCUUCCAAAUAUAUUAACUGGACUCCAGGGUAAGUCUCAAAUAGUGCAGGACGAAUUAGCAAGGCUUGNUCACUGCUCAUUCAGUUGUAGCUAUANAUUUCUUCUUCACUUGGCUGGUGGUGAAGUGAGUAUUUUCCGUCAUACUUCCUUUUCAUUUUCUAGCUGUAAUGGGACGUGUGGUGCUGUUUUAAUAAUGGAAAGGCAACGUCGUGAGGAUGAGCUAAAAGGUCGUUCCUCUAAAAAGGGACAAGAUGCAGAGCAGUCGCUCUUAAACAGGGCAACUAGUCCUCAGCCUGAUGGCCCAUCAACUGGUGGCAGCUUAAAAUCAUUAAGAGACAAAUUAAUGCCGCAAGAUAAAGAUAAAGAUAAAGAUAAAGAGACUCCGGAGGUGUCUGGUCUGAAGACUGCUGGACCUGAGGGGGAGAUAACAGCAGGGUACUUAAUGAAGAAAAGUGCAAAGACAAAUGGAUGGGGUAGGCGAUGGUUUGUUCUGAAUGAAAAAACUGGAAAGGUUCACCGAGUGCUUGUUGACAUAGUUUCAGCUUCCGCGAAUGCCACACCUGGUCUUGGGAGAUAUCCUCCUUUUAAGAGAGAGGUUGUAGCUAUAGCAAGUGCCGCACUUGAUGGAUUCAAGAGUGAAGCUAAGAAGAUGGUAGUUGCACUAGUUGAUAUGGAGCGUGCGUUUGUACCUCCUCAGCACUUCAUCCGCCUCGUACAAAGAAGAAUGGAAAGGCAACGUCGUGAGGAUGAGCUAAAAGGUCGUUCCUCUAAAAAGGGACAAGAUGCAGAGCAGUCGCUCUUAAACAGGGCAACUAGUCCUCAGCCUGAUGGCCCAUCAACUGGUGGCAGCUUAAAAUCAUUAAGAGACAAAUUAAUGCCGCAAGAUAAAGAUAAAGAUAAAGAUAAAGAGACUCCGGAGGUGUCUGGUCUGAAGACUGCUGGACCUGAGGGGGAGAUAACAGCAGGGUACUUAAUGAAGAAAAGUGCAAAGACAAAUGGAUGGGGUAGGCGAUGGUUUGUUCUGAAUGAAAAAACUGGAAAGCUUGGUUAUACGAAAAAGCAAGAAGAACGAAACUUCCGCGGCACUGUAACUUUGGAGGAAUGCAGUAUCGAAGAAAUUUCUGAUGAUGAAGGAGAAAAAUCAAAGAGCUCCAAAGAUAAGAAAUCAAAUGGACCUGAUUCAAAAGGACCAGGCCUUGUAUUUAAGAUAACCUGCCGGGUUCCAUAUAAGACUGUACUUAAAGCUCACAAUGCGCUGAUUCUCAAGGCUGAGAGCAUGGUUGAUAAGAAUGAAUGGAUUAAUAAGCUGCAAAAGGUUAUCCAGGCCCGAGGAGGCCAAGUGGCUGGCGCUUCCAUGAGACAAAGUCUUUCAGAAGGUUCACUUGAUAAGAUGGUUAGGAAACCAGUUGACCCGGAAGAGGAAUUGCGGUGGAUGUCCCAAGAAGUACGGGGUUACGUUGAAGCUGUUCUCAACAGUCUAGCUGCCAAUGUUCCAAAGGCUGUUGUUCUUUGUCAAGUAGAGAAAUCAAAGGAAGACAUGCUGAAUCAGCUUUACAGUUCUAUCAGCGCAAUUGGUAAUGAGAGGAUUGAAUCCUUGAUUCAAGAGGAUCAGAAUGUUAAAAGACGAAGAGACCGUUACCAGAAGCAGUCCUCUCUUCUUUCAAAGCUCACAAGACAGCUUAGCAUUCACGAUAACAGAGCAGCUGCUGCUUCAAGCUGGUCUGACAAUAGUGGCACGGAAAGUAGCCCAAGAACCAAUGGCGGGGCUUCAGGAGAGGACUGGAUGAAUGCGUUUAACGCAGCUGCUAGUGGACCUGACUCAUUGAAAAGAUAUGGAUCUGGCGGCCAUAGCCGUCGCUACAGUGAUCCAGCACAGAACGGUGAGGAUUCUUCUGGAUCUGGUGGCAGCUCCCGUCGCACCACGCCAAACAGGCUCCCACCAGCACCGCCACAGUCUGGAUCAUCUUACAGGUAUUAGAAACCUGUUUGAUUUUCCAGGAUUGUUAUUGAAGGAACCAUAAAACACAGUUCAUUCUUUUUUUGCCCUUGUGGAUUGGUCCCCGUUUCGUGGACUAUUUUUCUUAUUUCCUUCACUAGUUAAAGCAAAAAAUAACAGAAUGAUAAUAUGAUGAUGAUGUACUUGCGUGUGUUUGUAGAUAGAUAUUUGUUAGAGACACAUAUGGUCAUAUGCUUUUUUUAUUUUUUUUUAUUUAAGAUGUUACUUCUGUUUUAGUA